GCGACGAACAAAAAUUCUAAACAGUGACAGCAACACUUUACUCCUUGCGUAUUCGAUCUCUGUAUUUACUGGAGCUACGAUGGCCAACGUGAACCUUGCGUCGGUGGUGCUGCGAAAUGCCUUGCGCACCAAGGUGGGCACCCGCCAGGCCCACGACAUGGUUUCGCAGAAGAUCGGCAAGCGGGAAGUUGUCGGCCACGGCUGGAACGGGAUGGCGGUGUACGCCGAUCGGGUCGACUAUCCGAUGCCGGCCAUUCGCUUCAAGGAACCGACGCGUGACAUUUUGGCCCUGCGUGAAAAGGAGAAGGGAGAUUGGAAGAAGCUGUCCGUGCACGAGAAGAAAGCACUUUACCGUGCUUCCUUCUGCCAGACGUUCUCCGAAAUGAAAUACCCGACGGGCGAGUGGAAAAUGUGCCUCGGUGCGAUCCUCAUCGUGUCCUCCAUGAGCAUCGCGGGCAUGCUGAUGCUGAAGGCGUUCGUGUACGAUCCUCUGCCGGAAACGUUCGACGAAGAGCACCAGAAGGCUCAGCUGAAGCGUAUGCUCGAUUUAAACGUAAACCCGAUCCAUGGUAUAUCAUCAAAAUGGGACUAUGACAACAACAAAUGGAAGUAAGUGUGUACAGGCGGAGGGCGAUGUCGCCAUCGUUUCAGAAUUCCGACGUGAUUGCUUACGGCUUAGGUUCCGUGCGCUUGUUGUCAAAUAAAGUCAGUAAACGCCUCUAGGACACA